UACGUGCACCUGCCUGCCCGGGGAAACAGACCUAGCAGGGAGGAAGGUCUUGCUUAGUACCGCACGAGUUAGUGGCCCAGUUCAGUCAGACUUUCUUCUUUCGUUCCAUAGAUAACGUACGAAUGCAUGGAAUGGGGCAGCCCUAGUGCUAGGCUCUCUGAAAACUAAGGUGACUGAAGUAGCCAUGGUUAUGUCCUGCCUGGAGAGGAUAGUUUACGGGGGAGUCGAACAUGAAACACCUAACCAUGCCGCUGAAAGUACAGAUUCAAAUUGUGGCAAUGACUAUGGAAAAGAUGAACAGAAAAAGUAAUGGUAAAGCAACAAAGAUCUCUUUCGGCAAGGGUGGUCAGAGCAGACUUCCUGAAGGAGAGGACACUCGAGCUGCGGCUUGAGAAGUAUAGCAAGGGCCAGAGGAAAUACAUGCUAGGCAGAGCGAACAGCCCCUGUGGAUAUUUGAGUUGCUAAAGAACGUUCAGCAAAGGAGGCUUUCGAUGGGUCAAAUGCUGUGAAGGGCAUACAGGAUAUAACGUUUGUGUACCGGUCAGGAGUUUACCAUCUAGUGCCACAGACAUAAGUAAAAUGCAGAGAUGAAGUUGUAAGCGUGAGAUGUGAUAAUGGAUCAUCAUGUUUCCACCAUCAAACCUCGAAGAAUCCAAAACCAAAAUGUCAUUCACCGCCUGGAACGCCGGCGGAUCAGUUCAGGCAAGGCAGGCACCCACUGGCACCAGGUCCGAGUGUUCCACCAGAAUGUCUUCCCCAACUUCACGGUCGUCAAUGUUGAAAAGCCGCCUUGUUUCUUGCGUAAAUUCUCACCUGAUGGACGCUACUUCAUUGCUUUCUCUUCAGACCAGACAUCUCUCGAAAUCUAUGAGUACCAGGGCUGCCAGGCAGCCGAGGACCUACUGCAGGGCUAUGAGGGGGAGAUCCUGUCCAAUGGCAAUGACCAGCGGUCAGUCAACAUCCGUGGCCGGCUCUUCGAACGCUUUUUCGUCCUGCUGCACAUUACCAAUGUGGCGGCCAAUGGCGAGCACCUGAACCGGGAGUGCAGCCUCUUCACUGAUGACUGCCGCUGUGUCAUCGUGGGUUCAGCUGCCUAUCUCCCAGACGAGCCUCACCCUCCUUUUUAUGAGGUAUAUCGGAACAGUGAGUCCGUGACCCCCAACCCCCGGUCCCCCCUGGAGGACUACUCCCUCCAUAUCAUUGACCUUCAUACUGGCCGCUUAUGUGAUACACGUACCUUCAAGUGUGACAAAGUGGUCCUGUCACACAACCAAGGGUUGUACUUGUAUAAGAACAUCCUGGCCAUCUUGUCAGUGCAGCAGCAGACCAUCCAUGUCUUCCAGGUGACUCCUGAAGGCACUUUCAUUGAUGUGAGGACCAUUGGCCGCUUCUGCUAUGAGGAUGACCUGCUCACUGUGUCAGCUGUUUUUCCUGAGGUGCAGCGGGACAGUCAGACAGGCAUGGCCAAUCCUUUCAGGGAUCCCUUCAUCAACUCCCUGAAACACCGGCUUCUCGUGUACCUUUGGCGCCGGGCAGAGCAGGAUGGUAGUGCAAUGGCGAAGAGGCGCUUCUUCCAGUAUUUUGACCAACUACGGCAGCUGCGCAUGUGGAAAAUGCAGCUUCUGGAUGAAAACCAUCUGUUUAUCAAGUAUACUAGUGAGGAUGUCGUAACCCUGCGGGUCACAGAUCCAUCACAGGCAUCUUUCUUUGUGGUGUACAAUAUGGUGACAACAGAGGUGAUCGCUGUGUUUGAGAAUACAUCAGAUGAGCUUUUGGAGCUGUUUGAGAACUUCUGUGAUCUCUUCCGUAACGCUACCCUGCAUAGUGAAGUCCAGUUUCCCUGCUCAGCUUCCAGCAACAAUUUUGCAAGGCAGAUCCAGCGCCGGUUUAAAGACACUAUUGUAAACGCCAAGUAUGGAGGGCACACGGAGGCAGUACGCCGGCUGCUGGGUCAGCUCCCCAUCAGCGCCCAGUCUUACAGUGGUAGCCCUUACCUUGAUUUGUCUCUCUUCAGCUACGAUGACAAGUGGGUGUCAGUCAUGGAGCGGCCCAAGACUUGUGGAGAUCACCCUAUCAGGUUCUAUGCCCGGGACUCUGGUCUGCUCAAGUUUGAGAUUCAGGCAGGCUUACUGGGCCGCCCCAUCAACCACACGGUGCGACGCCUUGUUGCCUUCACCUUCCACCCUUUCGAGCCUUUUGCUAUCUCUGUGCAGAGGACUAACGCUGAGUAUGUUGUCAACUUCCAUAUGCGACACUGCUGCACGUAGGUGCCUCACCAGAGCGGGUCAUCUGGUCUUCCAAGACUCUGCCCCCUUCAUAUCUCAGUGGACUGUAAAGCAGAAGCUCCUGACUCUCAGCCUUGUCGGUUCCAGACUGUAUACCUCAGAUGGGGAGAGCCAGGUGGCUCAGCCUGACGGAAUUUUUUUGUCGUACACAGUACAACUACCGAUCGACUUAAAGUCCUCUUGCCUUUUCCCUGUGGGAAUGCCCAGCAUUAAUUAAGUCCAUUUAAGUUUUGUUUUAUUUUGCAUUUUAUUGCUAUGAAGAUGAGAGCAUUACACCUCUGCCUCCUUCAUGUCACUUCUUUGGCAUUAUGGUAUGCAGCCUGAAGCAGGUAAAUCUUGUUUACUCAUGAGAAAUGUGUACAUCUUUCCACUUAGCCAACAGCAGGGCUGUCUUUAUAGGAAAAAAAAAAAUAAAGCCUUGGUAUUUUCUUACUUAAA